AUGGCGCUACUUCUCGACCGGCGAGGCGACCAGAUCACCAUUACUGAAGAGGUGGUGAAGGCUGCAGCAGGAAACGAAGAGGCUGGCGAGCAAGUGAUGAAACUACUUCUCGACCGGCGAGGCGACCAGAUGAUUAUCAGCGAGGAGGUAUUCGUUACUGCUGCUACUUGUGGUCAGGACCGGAUUUUGGACUUCCUAUCUCGAAAAACCGGUCACAUCUCAUUUGAGGAUGAAUGUCGUUGUAUCGCACAGUUCUAUAACGCAGCAAAAGCUGGAGAUGUUCAGGUUAUUGAACGGCUCUUACGGGAAAGCGUAAAGCCAGAUACAAAAAACAUCAGGGGGGUAACGCCUUUAUGGAUUGCAGCACGUUUUGGGCACAACACAGUCGUCGAGGCUCUGGUGCAUAGGCCAGAUGUGGAUGUCAACUCGAGAUCAGUUUGCAAUAGAUCGCCUCUUUUCUGGCCAGCUAGCCAGGGCGAUGAGUCAGUUGUAACUACUCUGAUCGGGGCUGGUGCUGAUCCCGCCAUCGAGGAUUGCGAUGGGAACACAGCGAUCACUGCAGCAAGAAGGAAUGGACAUAAUGGGAUUGCCAAGAUGCUCGAAAGAUCCUCGCCUCUGUCCGAACGGAGGGAAACUUGA